AUGCAUAAAGGAACAGAGGAUAAAUGGACAGUGACAAAUCUUCGCGAUAAGUUCAAAGCUUAUGUGAAUGCUCGUGAGAAAGCGGAGCAAAAGCUACCAUUCUCAGAAUCACGGAGAUAUAAACAAAUGAAUUCUCCUAACCAGCAGAAGCAAAGACGUAAAGUUUUCUACGAAAACCAGAGUACACAGGACCAUUCAGGUAAAUCUUUAAGUUCAGCUGAAGCUCUGGUUACAAGUGAAGUAAGAAAUGUUGCUGACAAGAAGUUUAAGAAAUGCCGGUAUUGUGAUAAGAAACAUUGGAGUGAUGAGUGUCCUAUUUUUCGCACGAUUGCAGAACGAAAAGGAAAACUUAUAGGAAGCUGUUUAAAGUGUCUUAAAUUAGGUCACAAUUCCGCUGAAUGUAAAGGAAAAAAGAAUUGUGUAUACUGUGGUGGAUUUAAUGUGCACCAUCGUAGUUUAUGUCCUAAAAAGUUUAGAUUAGGUGAAUUUUGUGUUGUUAAUCCUGAAAUAACAGACUCAUUGAACAACAAUGAACUCAAUGAAGAAAGUGCUCUUGUGUCCUGUGAUGAAAGUGUUUUAAUGCAAACAGCAAGAACGGAAGUAAAAAGUCCAUUUGGGACUACGAGUGAAAAUGCACGUAUUCUGCUUGAUUCGCGGAUCGCAAAGGACAUAUAUUACAGAGUCUCUAGCGAGCAAACUUGGAGUAAAGAAAUUAAAGAAGAAGAAAUAAAGUUAGUUACCUUUGGAUCGGACAAACCUAAGGUAAUUAAAACAUAUUCUACAAAAGUGUGCUUGAAACUUAGUACUGGCAAAUACAUUGAAAUAAAUGCCAAUAUUGUACCCGGUAAUUAG